GCCGCCAUCGCCAUGGCCAUGUCCGCGCCGGGCGCCGCGCGGCGCCUCUACCGCCGCCUCCUGCAGCUGCACCGGGCGCUGCCGCCCGCCCUGCGGGACCUGGGCGACCGCUACGUCAAGGAGGAGUUCCGGAGGCACAGGGCGGCCGGGCCCGCCGAGGCCCAGCGCUUCCUGCGGGAAUGGGAGAACUAUGCAGCAUUGAUACAGCAACAAAUCGAUGAGGACAAACAAAACCUGAGAGAAAAGACUGUCUAUGGACUCCAGCUCACAGAAGAAAAACUUAAUGACUUCCGUGAUGAACAGAUUGGGCAACUGAAGGAACUGAUGGACGAGGCUACCAAACCUAAUAAAAAAAUCACCAUUUCUGAAGACUCAAAAUACAAAACCUAAAAGAUUUUGAAAAUUGUUUUAUUACAUAUGGAAGCGUUUUGAAACUUCCUUUUCCCGAUGGAGUUGAAUGUGGUUUCUGUGAAAUAAUGUGCGCUGCUGAUGCCAUAACUUCUCUGGCUAUUUGGCUUUUUGUGCAAGAAUAAAUAUAAAAUGGAAUAAUCACAACACUGCUAUUUUACUUGCAGUAUUUUUUCUCCUUUAUUUUUUUCUCCUAAUGGAAGGUGAAGACUGAAAGAUUUCGGUAAAAGUAAAGUGACAUUUUUUAAAUAUAAAGUUGUUAGUUUUGUUUUGUUUUGUUUUUUUAAUUUUGGCACCUGUAGGACAAAACAUCUUCCUCUUUGUGUAUCAUCCCCUUCCUUAAUGGAAAAGAUGCAGUUAUCAUUUAUUUUCUGGCUUGGAUUCAGCAGACAAAGGUAUGGUACUGGAGUCAGUUUGUUUUGAUGGAAAGAAAUGAGCAGUAUUAGGAAAACAUACUGCUGGGGAAAUUGGUUUUCUUCUUGAGCUUUAUUGUGAAAUGUGCUUAAAAGUAAAAGAUGUAACUCACUAUUAAAUUAAUCUUGAAGGAAUCACUGUCUUAGGAA